AUGUCCAGCACAGGUGGUAUCAGCGAAGAUGCUGGCCUCAACGCUGCCCGCAAGUACGUCAUUCCCAACACGGUCAAGAUCAAGCUCGACAAGGGGGAGCUGGCGCACUCCUUCUCCAUCAAGCUCAUCAGUAAUAUCGAGAUCGUGCACUACGCAGCGGCGGCGGGAUACGAUGCGAUCUUGAUUGAUCUGGAACACUCAUCGAUGGGGCUCGAGGCGACGAAUCAGCUCUCUUGUGCUGCCCUCCAAGUCGGCGUAACCCCCAUCGUCCGCGUCCCCGCCAAUACCUCGGACUGGAUGUCCCGCGCGCUCGACGGCGGCGCUCAAGCAGUCAUCGUCCCACACGUCAAGAACGCCAAGGAAGCUCAGAUCGUCGUACGGUACGCCAAGUUCCCACCGCUCGGCGAGCGGUCAGCCACUUCGGGUAUGCCAGCGCUUCGAUACGCGGCCGUAGCCCCCAAGUACGCCAACCAGCUCGCCAACGAGAGUACGCUCGUGAUCUGCAUGAUUGAGACGCAGGGUUCUCUCGAUGUCGUCGAUGAGAUUGCGGCGGUGCCUGGGGUGGAUGUCCUCUUGAUCGGUAGUGCGGAUCUGACAGCCGAUAUGGGUAUAGCGGGCGAGUUUGACCACCCCCGCCUGACGGAGGUGUAUAAAAUCGUGUCUGAAGCGGCGGCCAAGGUGUCGAUAGAUGGGCGUCUUCUCAGCGUUGGGAUCGGUGGCCUCAACGGUCGGCCUGAUCUCAUUGAGAAGUUUGCCUCGACCCACUCCAAUGCCCGCUACUCGAUGUCGGGCGCCGAUAAUGCGAUGCUGCUGAACGUCAUGAAGGCGGGGGCGGAGUCAUGUAGGAAGAUGACGCAGAAGCUGGCUGGGCAGUGA